ACGAGCUGGAGCCGUCAUGCCAAACCACCGACCAAAGCAGAAUCGACUUCUUGGGAGGCACUCCGCCCUCGGUUCCCCUUGGUACGCUGUCGGAGUGAAACCACAUGCUGCCGACGACGGCGGGAGCUCUAUAAGAUCGUUGCACUGCUUCCUGCACUUGCUUUCUUGAAGGCUCGCAAGGGCAGGUUCGGAAAGGUGCCCAGGAGAACCAAUGGACCAAAUCGAGGACGGCGCGGCCAUAGUACCCCUUCUCCGUCCGCACUCAGCUGCCUUAGAGGGCAACUUCGUCGCUGUACGAACUAUCUGUCGAUUGCUUCAUCCUUUUACAACGUUAGUUCUGUCGAACGAAGGAGUUCGCGCAAGCGAGACCUGUCACGCAUCGUGGACGGUGCUGUUUCGCUAUAGAUCUGUCUGCAGUCCACAAGCGAUUGCAAGGGCGUCGAGGAGUUCACUUCGUUCCAGAGUCGUGCCUUCAACGACUCAGCUGCGUGACAGUGUCCACGAGACCUCUGGCAACAAAUCGCGUACCGGGUCGCCUGGAUGUUUCACGACCUGGCGAGAUCGAUGUCAUCCACCGAAGCGUGAAUCAUCUCGCAGAAUGCCCACCCACUCAACCUGCUCUACCGCGUUGACCCCAUUGUGGCCGGUGGAUCGGGCGAGUCGAGCCCCAUCCGUGGCAUGGACCGUGCGAUGACAGGUGCGAUAUUAUACUUCUCACCAGUACAAUUUCCAUCAAUCCAUUGGUGUGAACAAGGAAAGGGUAUUGCUCAGAAUUGGUGAGAACUUUACAUAUGCAAAAAUAUCCAGUUCUAUGGG